AAGAAAUGAUAAUUUGUUACGUCAUAAUUUUUAGGUUAGUAAUUUUAAAUUGACAUUUUAGAUUAAAAUUAUUAGAGAUGUUCUUAAGACCAUUAUUAUCCCAACUAACCCGUAACAGACCGUUUAAGACACCCGUUACAAGUGUAACACAAAGUGUCAGUCGAGCUUUAUCAACAGAAGUUGAAACUAAAACUGAGACUAGACCUACUGUCAGAAAACCUAAUGUAGUGGCACGAUCAAACCUUAGGGAUUUUGGAAAGUACGUAGCUGAAUGCCUACCAAAAUAUAUACAGAAAGUACAGAUAACUGCUGGCGAUGAAUUAGAACUUCUAAUUGUGCCAGAGGGGAUAGUACCUGUAUUGCAGUUUUUGAAAGAUCAUCACAAUGCUCAGUUUUCCAAUUUGGUUGAUAUUGCUGGAAUGGAUGUAAUAUCUAGACCAUAUAGAUUUGAAAUAAUCUACAACAUAUUAUCAGUUAGAUUCAAUUCCCGCAUUAGAGUUAAAACAUAUACAGACGAACUAACUCCUAUAGAUUCUUGCAACGAGGUUUAUAAAGCUGCAAAUUGGUAUGAAAGAGAAAUUUGGGAUAUGUUUGGAGUAUUUUUCUCUAAUCAUCCAGAUUUGAGGAGAAUACUUACAGAUUAUGGAUUUGAAGGACAUCCUUUUAGAAAAGAUUUUCCACUUAGUGGUUACGUUGAAGUUCGAUAUGAUGAUGAGAAAAAGAGAGUUGUUGUUGAACCACUGGAAUUAGCACAAGAAUUUAGAAAAUUCGAAUUAAGUGCUCCAUGGGAACAGUUUCCUAAUUUUAGAAAUGCUAACCCUGCUUCGGAAGAAGUUGUCACAAAAGAAGAUAAAAAAUAAUUGAACAUAUACUUAGCUUGUAUUACAGAGAGAAAUUGGACAAAGUGAAUGGAACUAUUUUUACCUUUAAUGAAGAAAUUGAACUUCCAUAUUCUGAUAAAAUUAUAUAAGGAAUUUGUGUUAAGUUGUUGAGGAUUGAUUGACUGAUACUCAAAUAUAUUUUGCGGAAGAAUCCUUGAAGAAAUAGUCAGUGGAUAUAAAAGGAAAUUGAGAAUCAGAAAGUGGCAAACCCAAUAGAAAGUAUGGUCCAAUUUUUUUCGAAAAUUGAUGAAAAGGUUAAGAAAAGUAUUUUGAAAUAUAACAUUUUUUUAA